GUCACAGGGAGCAGACUCCAGCUGACCGAUCUAAAAGUUAAUUUUGUUGUUUGCAAAGCCUGAAAUGGAGUGGAAGAGCAAUCUGAGGCGUGCCGAGUCACUGAAGAGUGUCCCAUCAUCAUGUGACAAGCCCAUCUGGACAGAGGCAGGGUUGCGUGACAAGAAAACAUCUGUGUCUCAGCUUGUUUCCAGGUAUCAAACUACAGUGGUAGUGACUACUUCUAUUCGAGAAACUACAGUAAAUGAUAGUGAAGCCAAGCCAAAGCAGAUAACAUCAACUAAUCUGGAGGCUCUGAUUUUGAGAAAUGAAGAGCGGGAACGCACUCGAGCCAAAACCAGUUUGACCCGCAGUAAGUCAAUGGGGAGUCUCCAAAACACCACCAAGUCCAUAGAGAGCCUAAAAGCUCUGUUUGAGUCAACGUCUUCCAAACAAAACAAUUCAAAGAGCAGCUUCAGAGACAGGAGCAUCAUAUCAACUUACAAAGCAGCAGACAUCAUGCCUGUGAUGAACGGAAACUCUGAAGAGGUGAAAAACUCAGCAGAGGAACCAAAGGCCAACAUUUCUGCUGACACUCCAGAUAAUGAUGCUAAAAACAAUGCAAAGGGAGAUGAAGUGAGUCAAAAGGUGGUGAGUCAGACCUAUACAGAGAAAAGUCAGACCCGUACAGAGAGAAGGAAAACAAUAGGUGGCAUCGAUUUUGAAAAACUUGCUGCCUCUCAAGCUGAUGAAACGAGGAGGUCAAUUGCAGAUUUCAGAGAUAGCUCCUUCAACCAAACCAAGGAUUCACUGGGUGUUUCUGUCAAGGCUAUGUCUGCUCUCUAUCUGUCCAAGGUAGCACCUCAGGGAUCAGACCGCAGCCUUUUAAAACAGGCACAAGAUCAAUCAUCUGCAUCUGGGAAAAGAGUGAAAAUAACCAAGAUGGCUGAAGAGCCUGAACAGAGGACUGAUGACCUCCAUUCACCUUCAUCAGUAAGGCAUCAACAAGGACCAGAGGACAUCUGUGGGGUGCCUUCCCUAAAGCCAAUACCGACCCAUCUCUCCAAAGAAGAGUUAUACGAACAGCGGCAGAAAUGUGAGCUUAAGAGGCUCCUGAAGCACACUCACCCAGAGCUAAAGAUGUUGGAUGAAGUUGUGGAUGAGGAACUUGCUGAAGUUUUGGGCUCAGAGAGCGGGGUGACAGCUGAUGAAACUGGAUACGAGGGAGAGGUCCAGUCAAGACGCUUGUUAUUUGAGAACUGCGCACUGAGUAGCAAAGUAUCUCCUUACACCCACAAAAUGCACAUGGCAGAAAGGAUAACGGAUGGAGGGAACAUCAGUAAAACACCAACUGUGUUUCAGAGACAAGGUGAGAACACAAGUGUUCAAGGAACCAGCGAAGAUGACAGAAUGCUUGGUGCUAAUCAGGAUACUAAGGAGGAGUUUGAGGAAGAGAUAAGAAUAGAUGUACAGGCUGCCAGACGGAAGUUUGAGAACCAGUCUGCUGUCAGCACAUCCACAGAUCAAGAUAAAAAGCACCAAAGGAAGGUUUCUGGUUAUUGGGAUGGGACAAGAAAAGUCCAAAAACAAGAGUGUAGAAAAGAAAAGCUAAACAGCCAAAACAAAAGCAAUGCAUGCACAGAAAGCACUGAUUUAAAAGACACGAUCCACAAACAAGAUCCAUGUAUUGGUCAAACCAUCGACAAAGAGAUCCUUGGCAGAGAACUACUUUCCUCCGGUGAAAACUCAUUUGAUGAUGAGCUUCCUGAUCAAGACAAUUCAGAAGAAAUAAUCAAAACAAGUGCAGCUCUUUUCCAGAAUAACCCAUUCAUCCCAAACAACAUAGAAAAAGAGCAUACUUUAGUGCACGUAUCAAGAAGCCCAGGAGUAGACAGCCAGGUAGAUCAGAACUAUCAGACGGCUAAUGUUAAGAACAGAGCCCAUGUGUUUGAGUCAAUGCCAUUUCACAAAAUUAGACAACAGAACCAAGAUGAAAUUGAAACAAUGGUUGAGAACAUUAAGGAAAUAUUGGAUUCCCUUUAUUCUUUUAAUGUCAUCCACUUAGGAGGCUCAAUCAUUGAGGUAAAUGAGACAAUGUUAGCUAAGAAGGCCAAAUUUACAGUAACAGAUAACGGGCCUGAGAUAAGUUACGAUGAGGUGGCUGAAGGUGGUGCACAAAACUUUAUACUCCAGUUGCUACCAAGGGCAAACCUAAAGCCACAGAUCACCUACCUAAAAGAGGGUAGUGAUAGAAAUAUAGCAACCAUAGUGGUGAAUGUACCAAUUUACCAUCAUCAGUCCACUUCCUAUCAAGACACAGAGUUCAAAACUGCCAAUGUGGUCCAGGUUGUUGAGGACAUUCUCAAUCAAGAUAACUCUCUGAGGAAAGGGGUGAUAUUCCAAGAGGAUAGAGACAGGUGUGCUGAAGUCAUCGUCUAUUCCCUCUACAAGUAUUUCGAUCCAGAAGACGUUAAAACUUACAGUCCACCACAUGAAGCAGGGCAGGACACUCAAGUGACAGAAAGAGGAGAAGAAAACAGAAUAGACAAUCAAGAACCAAGUACAGGCUUUGUUGAAUCAAGGAUAAGCUCCCUUCUGCACACUUCUCAUGACCACACUUGCCAAGGAUCAAACAGACCCGAGAUUGAAGUCAAGGGAAACGUGAAACUUUUUAAGAGUUGCAUUGAAAAGGGAGAUUUGGAGUAUUUGAGAACUCUUCAGGCUGAGACAUUCGAAGAUGAGGGAGUUCCUCCAAGUCAGCAAGGAAUGGAGCUUUAUCAUGAAGAAAGAGAUGGUCCGGCAGUGGAAGGUACACCAGAAUGGAUCCCAGUGGAUGUAAAGAGACUAAAAACUAUGUUCUCUGGAGAUGGAAGACCAGUCCAACCAAAGCAAAGUAAAUAUUUAUAUGAGAGUCAUGCUCAAGCUACCACCAUUGUGCCAAAUGUGCCAGUUGAUAACAGCAAGUGCUCUGCAGAAAGCAAAACUGGGGCAAUCGCCCAAAGCCAGCUAAAGAGUACCUUCAAGGAGAGGGAUGUCCAAGUACAAAGAGAAGCAUGUGGUGUCCCAGUAGCACCACAGGGUUCAUACCUACACCUUGAGACACAGGACAUGGUCCACCAGGCUGAAUUAGUAGAGGUGGUAGAUGACAAUGACGAGAUCUCUGACCUCCAAGCUGCGAUACUUAGCCUCCAGCAGGCAACAAAAGAAGCCAAGUCUUUGCAAGAUAAACAUGAAUUCCUCAAUCAAGAAUCUAAGGAACCUGAUGUCUCAUCUGGAAAUGUCAAAGAAAGACAGAAAGAGAAGCCAAGCCCUGAGUUACAGUUCCCUGAGCUUCCAUCAUCUAUCAGCCUCUCCUCAGAAGACAAAUCAGAGAUCCUCCAUGAGAAUACGGAGAUAUGCCAAAAAGACAGUAACCCUAAAGGGAAACAAUCAACUGUGGGUCAAGAAAGGGAAGAGGUAGUCCAGGAGCAAUUCCUCGAAGCUGCCAUUAUGUCCAGCUAUAGUUCAGCAACAGCAUCUGAACAGCAAGAUGAUGAGGAAGUUGUUCUUCAAGGUAAACUCAAAGCAGCAUUGGAAUCCCUGGAGAGAUCCAACAUUAAUGUCACUAGAGGAGAUUUCAGAGCAGCUAUGAUAUACAGAAAUGCAUCCAAACCUCAAGCGCAAUCAGGGAACUUCCUUGUGACUGAUAUUAAACCAGCUCAAGAGGAAGUGUGCAAAAGACCGAUGGCAACUGAAAAUUUGCAGCUCCCAAACCAAUGUGAAAGCCCAAAUAAACCAACUACAAGUCAAGCCUUAGAAAAAAGCAGACGACCUACUGGUCCAAAACCAAUAAUCCCGCCAAAACCUGAGCAUUUGAAAUUGAAGCAAAGAUGUGUUCAAUCCUCCACCCCUGUAGAUCUAGAGACAACCCCAGCCAAUACCACAGAGCCCAGAGAAACAGAACAUCAACCAUUAGGAGUUACACCAACUUCACACAAAAAUGAACAUCAGAUGUCUCAGGAAAAUGAAGCAAAGAUUCAAACUGAAGGCUCAGUCAUUGCCUUGACAAAGGAUAACACCAAAAAGAUUAUCAUUAGUCAACAGCAGGGAGAUGGGAAAGGCCCUGAGGAUUUGCCAAAUAAAGAGGGAAUGAGUGAAACUGAUGAAAGUCAUGUAGAUUUCCAUGAAGCAUGUAGGAAAUUUGAAAGCAAAAAGGAAAUUAGAGUCAAGAGGGCUCCUGUAAAGCCCAAAAGGGUCAAAAUUGCCAAGCAAAACCCAAAAGAAAUGCCCAUUAUCUUACCUGUAGUUGAAGAAGCACAACAAAACAGAACAGGUCCACUAGACAAUAAUCCAAACUCCUGUGGACAAACUUCUGACACAAAAGAUGAUCUUGAAAAACAAAUGGAACAAGAGAGCAAAGUUGAAAUGAGAUUAAAGAAAGGUCGGACCGAGACAGAGGAUGAACGCAGGCAGCGGUUGUCAGUCCACAUGGAUGAGAUCAUGAGAGGCAACAUAACAGCGGCCAUGGAGAUUUUUGACAACUUGCGGAAACAUGAGGAAUUAAAGAGCAUCCUGUGCCGGGUUGAAGAAAUUGAACAGGACACGAGUGAGGUUGAUGUGAGGGCUCUGAGAAGAGUUUUCGAGAACGUCCCUGACUGGGUUGUUUGCACUGAGAAAAAGAAACUACAAAAGGAGAAGGUAGAAAACAAAGAAGAAAGGUUUCCACCGUCAAGAGACAACACCGAGAGUAAGUCGUCAAUGGCUCAUGUUUUUGGAGAUCUUGAGCGAGCCAGCGAGGAAAUCAUUAAUCUUAAAGAGCAGACUUUAGCCAGACUAAUGGACAUUGAAGAAACCAUAAAGAAGGCUCUUUAUUCUGUCUCAACCUUGAAAUCAGACUCUGAUAUUGCUGGUUUAUCAAGCUUGUUCAAAGAGUCAUUAGGGACGGUGCAAGGAUCCCCUUCUUCUGGUAAUAUUAGAAAGUUAAGCAUUGGUUCAAGCAGGACAAAACCACAGCCAAGACAGGGGGACCCAGCCAAAUCAGGUUUGCCAGUUCACCAAAAUUCAGGUCUGACAGGAAUCCCCGCAAAACAGCAAACAAGUCCCCCAUCUUCACCUGCCUUCAUCUCAAUCCAGUCAACUGCCAGAAAGACGGAUACAAGGGAGUUAGCGCUACAGGAUACCACAAUCUGCCCGACGUGUCAGCACAGCUCAAAGACAGAGGAGAAAUUCCGGACCACAAAAACUUUGACGUGCAACAGCCCCGCACAGAACAGAAAAAGAGACCCCAGAAAAGGAGGGACUAAACAAUUGUCCUAUGACCACCGAAAUCCAAAACGGGAGAUCUGUGUGCAGACUGAUCGUGAAGGGAAUGGUAUUAUGGGAACCAAAACAAUCACUGAGAAUUAUGAGAGGACUGAUAACUUUGGAAACAGGUUUUAUUCCUCUAAAACAUCCACUGUGGUCACCACUCAGCCAGAAACGACAACAUCCACAGGUCUCACUGUGGCAACUCCAGCCACAUGUCAGGUCACAACAUAUCCUGAAGUUCGUCUACCAAUCAAUCAGAAACCUUAAAUCCUUCAAUUUGGUACCAACCGGUUAAGAGUGGCAGUGAUUUUUGCAUUCUUUAUUACAGUGUUGUUUGCUACAUGAUUGUAUUUGCAAUUAUAUGAUAAUGUUGGUUCUUAUUGUUUGUUUUUAAAGAGGUUAUUAGUGUUUUUACAUUUUUCAUUUAUGUUUGAAGUUUUAGUCAUUUUUCAUUCUCUUAAACUGUCUUUUCUAUUAGCAAAUUAAACUGAAUUUAAAAAUGUGGUCUUCCUUCAUGAUUUUGUUUUUGCUGUCAAUCACUAUUUACUGUAGAGGAAAUAAGACAAUUUUUAUUUUU